AUGGCUUCUUUCCAGCGUCUCCCUCUGCUCCUCGCCGUCAUUGCAUCGCUCUGUGCGGCCGCGGUCGGUCAGGACGGCAAGCCCGUGCUGCCGUUCGCGCCUUCCUGCUCGACUACAGAUAACUACACCGACGGCAGCCAGUACAUGAAGAACCUGGACCAGCUCCUCGCCGGCCUCCCCGUGGCCGCCGCCUUUAACGGCUGGUUCUACAACGGCACGUCGGGAGCGCCGGGGACGCCCGACCAGGUCUUCGGCCUCACCAUGUGCUACGCGGACCGUAACGCGAAGGAGUGCCAGGAAUGCCUCGCCGGAGCAGCGGCGGGGAUCAAGUCCAUGUGCCCGGGAAGCCGGAACGUGCGCGCGGCCUACGACGCGUGCGUGCUCCGGUACUCGCCGACGCCCUCCUUCUCCAUUGCCGACCUCGACGUGGCCUUCUACGUGACCGUUGCAGGCACGGCCAUCGACCCCGAGAGGAUGCGCAACGCGUGGCUCCCGCUCAUGACCAACCUCGCAGGGCGCGCCGCGAGCUCGCCGUCCCGUGUGGCGAACACGACCACGCCUUACGACGCGGCGUCGCUGGUCUACGGGCUGGCGCAGUGCACGAGGGACCUCAACGCGACGGAGUGCAGCAGGUGCCUCUCCUCCCUGGUCGGGCAGCUCAGAACACGAUUCACCAACGAGACAGGCGGCGCCGUCAAGGCGUACAGCUGCUACGUGAGGUACCAGCUUGGCGCCUUCGACGUCACCCUCCCGCCGGAACCACUUUGGCGCGUCAAGUCAUUCAGAAACCAAACACCUCGAUCAUCCUGGCACCCACCGUCCAUGGCAUCUUCCCGGCGCGUCCCUCCACUCCUCGCCCUCCUCCUCGCCUCGCUCUGCGCCGCCGCGGCGGUUGCUCAGAAGAACAGCAGCAUCCUGCUGCCGUCCAAUCCUACCUGCUCCACGGCCGGCAACUACACCGACGGCAGCCAGUACAAGAAGAACCUCGACCAGCUCCUCGCCGGCCUCCCUGCCGCAUCACUAAGCAACGGCUGGUUCUACAACGGCACGGCCGGCGAAUCGCCCGACCAGGCCUUCGGCCUCAUCACGUGCUACGCCGACCGCAGCGCGGCGCGGUGCCGGGAGUGCCUCGCCGGAGCUCCCGCGGGGAUCACCACCGUGUGCCCCGGAAGCCGGAACGUGCGCGCGGCGUAUGACGCGUGCGUGCUCCGGUACUCUCCGGCGCCGCCCUUCGCUGGGACCGCCGACCUCGCCGUCCCCUUCCUCGUGCGCGCCAGCGGGCCCGGCGUCACCGUCGACCCGGACAAGAUGCUCAACGCGUGGCUCACGCUCAUGACCGGCCUCACCGGGCAGGCCGCGAGCUCGCCGUCGAGGGUGGCCAACUCGUCCACGCCGUACGACGGCAACGCGACGAUGCCGGUGUACGGGCUGGCGCAGUGCACGAGGGACCUCAACUCGUCCGAAUGCAGCAGGUGCCUCUCCUCCCUGGUCGGCCAGCUCAGGACGCGCUUCACCAACGACACCGGAGGUGCCAUCAAGGCCUACAGCUGCUACGUCAGGUACGAGCUUGGCGCAUUCGACAUCACCCUGCCGCCUGAACCGCCGCAGCCUUCGCCGCCACCGACAUCGUCCUCCUCAAGAACAGGGCUUGUGGUCGGCCUCUCCGUCGGCUCUGUGGCGUUCUUGAUCAUUCUAGGCUCCUUGAGCUGCAUUUCCUUACGACGGCGGCGGCGGCGAAAGCAGGCAAAAAUCCUCGAGGAGGCAAGGGUGCAGCAGCUGGAAGAGGGCAGCUUCUUCGACGGCGACGACCCGGCCAUGGAAGACGACUUCGAGAAAGGGACCGGCCCAAAGCGGUUUCGCUACGGCGAGCUCGCCAUCGCCACCGACAACUUCUCCGACGAGAACAAACUCGGCGAAGGAGGAUUCGGCUCCGUGUACAGAGGACACCUCAAGGAAAUGAACCUUCAUGUGGCCAUCAAGAGAGUGUCCAAAGGCUCCAAGCAGGGGAGGAAGGAGUACGCGUCCGAGGUGAGGAUCAUAAGCCGGAUCCGGCACCGGAACCUCGUGCAGCUCAUCGGUUGGUGCCAUGGCGGCGGCGAGCUCCUCCUCGUCUACGAGCUCAUGCCCAACGGCAGCCUCGACACGCACCUUUAUGGCAACAACAACGCCGCCGUGCUGCCAUGGCCGGCGAGGCAUGAGAUUGUGCUGGGAUUGGCCUCUGCACUUCUGUACCUUCACCAGGAGUGGGAGCAGUGCGUCCUUCACAGGGACAUCAAGCCAAGUAACGUAAUGCUUGAUGGAUCCUUCGCCGCCAAGCUCGGCGACUUCGGGCUCGCCAGGCUCGUCGACCACGGCCAUGGAUCGCACACCACGGUGCUCGCAGGAACCAUGGGGUACAUGGACCCGGAAUGCAUGAUGUCGGGCAAGACAAGCGCUGAGUCGGACGUCUACAGCUUCGGCGUCGUCCUCUUGGAGAUCGCCUGCGGCAGGCGGCCUCUAGUGAUGGCGCAGCAAGAGGACGAUGCGGUCCACUUGACUCAAUGGGUCUGGGAUUGGUACGGCAAGGGAAGGAUCCUUGACGCCGCCGAUGAGCGGCUUGAAGGAGAAUUCAAUGGCGAUCAGGUGGAGCGUGUGUUGAUCGUCGGGCUCUGGUGCGCUCACCCCGAUCGAAGCCUGAGACCGUCAAUCAGGCAGGCCGUCAACGUGCUGCGCUUCGAGGCGCCGUUGCCGAGCCUCCCGGCGAGGAUGCCCGUGGCAACCUUCAUGCCACAGGUUGGUGCUUUCACUUCCACAUCUUCGGCUGUGACAGGAGGCACCAGCAGCAGCACUGGAACAUAUUCGGUUGCAACAGGCGUCAGCAGCAGCACUUCAGUUGUAACAGGCGUCAGCAGCAGCAGCGCCGGCACCAAUGUAUCAGCAACCGAAACAUCCUCCUUGUUGAAAUGAGAAGCAGAUAAGUGGGCCUUUUUUUGGCACCAGAUUAG